AUUUGUCCGUGAAAAAAUGCGAAGGGCGUUUAAAAUUAAUUCGGUGAGUAGAACGCAAACGUGAAUUGUGUUAGCUCCGAUCACUCCUUUUAUCACAAGCGGCUCUAGUGGAGCUCCGGCCAAUCUGAUCUUUUGAAUUUUACACCCAAAACAAAAAAAAUGGUGGCUUUGGUCGCUUCUUCAUGCUCAAGCCUAACUCUGAAUCUCCUUCCCAUCCUUCGUACGGAAGCACCUUCACUCUCCAGGAAGCGUCGAGCAGCUUCUGUGGUGGCAACAUCUUCUAGAGAUGAUAACGAUACCGUCGCUGAUUCUUCUCAGAAACCCACCAAAUUCGUCACAUUUCUCGGCAAAGGGGGCUCCGGCAAGACCACCGCCGCUGUUUUCGCCGCUCAGCAUUACGCAUUGGCUGGGCUCAGUACAUGUUUAGUGGUACAUAAUCAAGACCCUUCUGCUGAUUUCCUCCUUGGAAGCAAGAUUGGGACUUCUCCUACCUUGAUCAACGACAAUCUCUCGGUUAUUAGGCUAGAAACCACAAAAAUGCUUCUAGAACCUCUUAAACAACUGAAGCAAGCAGAUGCUCGACUUAAUAUGACCCAAGGGGUUCUUGAAGGGGUGGUUGGAGAAGAGCUAGGAGUGCUUCCAGGUAUGGAUUCCAUCUUCUCAAUGCUUGAACUUGAGAGGCUUGCUGGUUUCUUUAGGCAAGCAACCCGAAAGAACCACAAGGGGGAACCUUUUAACGUUAUCAUUUACGAUGGCGUUAGCACUGAGGAAACGCUUCGGAUGAUAGGUCUAAGCAGUAAAACAAGAUUGUAUGUGAAAUAUCUGAGAAGUUUGGCCGAGAAGACAGAUUUGGGGAGGCUAACAAGUCCUUCCAUUAUGAGAUUUGUUGAUGAGUCAAUGAACAUAAGCGGCAAUAAGUCGCCUUUCGAUGGUAUGACAAGUCCUGCCAUGUGGGAUACUUUGGAACGUUUCUUGGAGAACGGCGCUUCUGCUUGGAGAGAUCCAGAGAGAUUCAGGAGUUUUCUUGUAAUGGACCCAAAUAAUCCUAUCUCUGUUAAAGCCGCAUUACGGUAUUGGGGAUGUACAGUACAAGCAGGAUCUCAUGCUUCUGGGGUGUUUGCUAUUUCUUCUUCUCAUCUGACAAGCAAAAUCCCAGAAGAAGAUUUUGUGCCGCUGCCCUUUGCAUCUGCAUCAGUUCCAUUUACUAUAACUGGUCUGGAUUGGGACAAAAUCCUGCGGGACCAAGCGAAUUCAAGUAUCCGGGAACUUCUUUCUGAAACUGCUAGCCAUGGAACCAGCUUGACACAAACAGUCAUGUUUGAUUCAGCAAAGAAAUUGGUGACUCUUUUCAUGCCGGGGUUUGAAAAAUCGGAAAUCAAACUGUAUCAGUACAGAGGAGGUUCUGAGCUCUUAAUAGAAGCCGGGGACCAAAGACGUGUGAUACAUUUACCUCCUCAGAUUCAAGGAAAAGUUGGUGGAGCAAAGUUUCUGGACAGAAGUCUCAUCAUCACAAUGCGGUAAUACAUUUUGGAAGAACUAAUUUGUUCUUUUUGUACACCAGAGAUGUGUAGUUUGUCCCCAAAACCAAUACAAACUAAAAAGAAUGAAAAUUAAAAACUCAAGAAGACAAACAUUUGGGACGAUCUUGAGAUGAAUAAACGAGUUUCUCAUUA